AAUCACACAAUUUGCGUUACUCGCGCCGUCGUGUAGUGGAACUCGCGCGUGCUCAACGAAUCUCUCGCUAUCCCGUUAUCGUUGACCUGUUUCGGAUGAGCGCUUCUCCCCAGAUACUUUUGACAGGCUGAAUGUUUUCCUGGAGACCCACCGAGAAGAGAUGUCCAGGAGAAGCUCAAGGUUAGUGACCAAAGGGACGCCCACACCCGAUGAUGAUGAUGCCGCCAGCACCAGCUCCACUGGAUCCAUCAGCCAUGUCUCUUACAAAGAGAGUCCUGUCAGGAUCUUUAAGAAAAGGAGCACUCGCAAGGGCACAGGCAGUGUGUCCCGUAACUCAAGCCGAGCCAGCAGCGUGAGUCAGAUACCAAGCGGACAAGGCGUUGGCUUCACGGCCAAUGACAGCGAGAACGGCAAGACGUUUGCUGUUCCUGGUUUCUCCUCUGGAUAUUCCUCAGCUGAGGAGCAUUAUGACAAACCCUUCAACUCAAGCCCAAAAUCUGCCGAAUCUGUCUCUGAACCGGAGUUUACCACUUGGGACAUGCUUCGAUCUCCAGCUCAAGCUCUGGUUAUGCUCUACUGGUGGGUGGGCAGCACAUGGUACUGCUUCACCUCUCGUGUGUCUAUGAUCAACGUCUUUCUGCUCAGCAGGUGCACUGCAGAUAUAAGAAAGGCUACUCUGCUCAUCCUCCUCCUCAUCUUCCUCCUAUUUGGAAUAUGGUACUGGUUCCCAUUUGUCGCCUCUUCUCGCCCUCGUGAGGUUGUUUCAAGACCUCCACCUGUUAAACAUUCAGACAGACCCGUGAGAGCAGAAGUUCAUGUGAGCAGAUCUCAUGAUAAUUUCCAACAUGCCGAUCUGUCUAAGCUGAAGGAUGAGAUCAACAGCUUAUAUGAAAGAGAAGCCAGCUUGAUGAGAGAUAUUGAACUGUUGAAGUUGGAGAGUGACAGACAGAAGGUCAGAUCUGAGAUGCAGCAAACCGAUAUGAGGCUCAUAAAGGAUCGAAUGCAAAAUGUCGAGACUGAGCAUGUGAAGCAGAAUUCAGACCUGAAGUCAAGUCUUGCAAAGCAGCAGUCAGCAUUGGACGUCCUUGAACAAAGAGUUGACGCCCUAGAGGCUCACAAAGCCAAUCUGAAGGCAGAGCUGUCGGAGUGGCUUGUGAAACACUUGAAGGAUUCAAGCUCACCGAAAUCCACCGUUGUCGUCCAUUCUGAGCUGCAGGGGGUGCUAGAGGAUCUGGAGAAAAAAAUAUUAGACAAACUAAGGCAUGAAAAAGAGAGCGUGAGGGAUGCGUGGAGAACUGUGGGAGAGACACUUCAACAGGAAGGAGCUGGAGCGGUCACAAUACAGGAUGUGAAAGAAAUCGUCAGCAGGGCGAUUAAUCUGUACAGGGCCGAUGGAAUCGGAAUGGCGGACUAUGCUUUGGAAUCAUCUGGUGCCAGCGUAAUAAACACACGUUGCUCAGAGACAUAUAAGACCAGAUCUGCAUGUCUGAGUUUAUUCGGCAUACCACUCUGGUAUCAGUCGGAGAGCCCUCGCACGGUUAUACAGCCAGAGCUGUCUCCCGGGAAAUGUUGGGCGUUUAGAGGCUCGCAGGGUUUCCUGGUGAUCUCGCUGUCCUACCCCAUAAGGAUCACUCACGUGUCACUCGAACACCUUCCCAAAGAGCUCUCGCCAACGGGAAGCAUCGACAGCGCGCCGAAGGAUUUCGCCGUUUAUGGAAUGUCUAAUGAGAAAGAAGACGGAAAAUUGCUCGCGACGUUCACGUAUGACCAGGACGGAGAGCCCAUCCAGACUUUCAAGCUUCCUGAAACAUCGGACAUGUACGGCAUGGUGGAACUGAGAAUUUUAAGCAACUGGGGCCACCUGGAAUACACCUGCGUGUAUCGAUUCAGAGUACACGGAGAGCCCCUGCUCGCAUGAGAGCGGAUCUCAAAUCAUUCUGGUUUACUCUAUGCAAAAAUAAUAUAAUAAAAAAGUGCACUGGAUUCACAAAGAAUUAAUUUAACAGACAGCUUCCUAAUGUACUACGACCAAAAACUGCUGUUUACAUGCAAAUGUGUACUAUUAUGGAAAUGCUAACUUCUUCUUAAGCGAUGUAUCCGUUGACUGAUUUGAUUUCGAGACUGCAUUUUUAGUUGGCACUGGUUUCGAAUAAUGACUGAAAAUAUGUUUUCGUUUUCGUUUGUUAUGAAGGACAGGCUUUUGAAGUAUGUAACCAUAAUUUGAUUUUGACUGCAAACUGUACAUUUCUACAGUAAAGGCUGAAUGGACGAAUAGGAGCUUACAAAACAAGUUUUAUUUGUAGCUAGGUUUACCACAAAGCAGUGUUUUUUCAAGCUUUUUAUUAGUUUAAUUUGCUUGUUUAUUUUGAAAGUUCUCUAGUUAAUUUUGUAAUAGGUAAUGUGUAAUACAAGCUAUAAUUGAACUUAUACCUCCAUGAUCAAAGUAGUUCAUUGUUUCGACAUGCUGUUAUUGUUUUAUUGCACUCAACAAGUUUGUAUUGAAAUAUUGUUAUUGUGUGCCCUGGUUGAUGAGUACAGAUAGUCAAGGGUACUUGAACUGUCAUAUAGUGUAUAUCUCCUCUGCAGGGCAGGGGGAGUAGAGACAAACUCAGGAUUUGGGUUUUAAACCAAAGUGCUCUUCAUCGUCUUAGAUUGCAUAAUAUAAUCCUUAUAUUUUGUGUAUAUAUGUGCUUGAUGCUAAGAAAAUUGUUGAGGGCUUGAAUGCAUAGAUGACAUAUUUAUCUAAAUUUAUUUUGGCAUACUUUUACACAUUUUAUUCAUUCAUGGAGAACUUAAAUGUUAAUUUGGCAUAAAGUUUACAUGACGUUUUCUGUUACGUUAUUUGAUGUAUUUUGUAAGAGAAAGGCAAUUACCAGAAUAAAUUUGAGAUGGUACCUAA